CUUCAAGCUAUUGCUUGAGUACCGUAUUACCUCUUUAUCACCUUUUAUUGUACCAUUGGGUCCCAAAAGAUACGGCGCCCUCCCCCUGCGGACCCUGGCCUCAUCUCCCUAUCUUCAACUCCAACUUGAAGAAUGGCCUCCUCCUUCCCCCAAUCUUACGCAUCCCUCAAACUACCCGAUAUUUUCCUCUCCCACGCUCCGCCGACCUCUCCGACGCCAACACCAGUAAUUAUAAUAACGCUCCAUCGGCCACAGCACCGAAACGCCUUCACAGACAGCAUGGCCUCGUCCCUCGUUAAAAUCUUCGAUAUACUCUCUCUCGAUCCACGAAUAAAAGCAAUUGUUGUGACGGGACAUGGGAACUUUUUCUGUGCCGGCGCUGAUCUUGAGGGGGGCAAUGGGCUUCAGUACAAUAACGAUACGAGCAGGACGCAUAGAGAUGGAGGGGGGCAAGUUACAAUGGCGAUACACAGAUGUACGAAGCCUGUCAUUGCGGCGAUAAAUGGCAGUGCGGUAGGAGUAGGUAUUACGAUGACUCUACCGAUGAGUAUCCGGAUUGUGAGCGAGAAAGCAAAGAUUGGGUUCGUCUUCGCGAGAAGAGGGAUCGUGAUGGAGGCUGCUUCUUCGUAUUUCCUGCCGAGACUUAUUGGCUACUCCAGGGCUAUGCAUUUGGUUACAACCGGCGAGGUGUUACUUGCUGGACAUGUGCUAUUGAGGGAACUGUUUAGUGAAGUCGUGCCAGAGGAGAGGGUGCUUGAGAGGGCGUUAGAGGUUGCGAGAUUGGUGAGCGAGAACACAAGUGCAGUAUCUACUUCACUGAUGAAGGACUUGAUGUGGAGAGGCCCAGGGACGGCGGAGGGGACACAUUUGUUGGAUAGUAAGGUGCUGUUUGAGUUGUUCCAGGGGAAGGACAAGAAGGAGGGGAUUGAUUCUUUCUUGGAGAAGAGGAAGCCGGAUUUUAAGGGGACGAUGGAAAGAGAUGCGCCGAGUGUGUGGCCUUGGUGGGAACCUCUUAACGUCAAGGCUCCGGAGAUGAUUGAGAGUUUGAAGGGGAAGUCGAAGUUAUGAAGGUAUGUGGAUGGAAUUAGACUUUUACAUUAGAUAUAGGACAAAGUUUACGGCCCUAAAGAACAUAGGCCAGACAUUAACCCUAAAAGAUUAUCGAGAAGGGGGAAGCAAUUAGACCUCACUUAUCGGCUUCCGAAGUCCUCCAAGGCGCAAGUAGGUGUUUGCAAACACGGAG